UCCUCUCGUAGUUCGUAAGCUUUCGUCUCUCCCUUCUGUUCCUUUCACCCCCGACCUUUUCUUGGCCUUUCAGUUUCCAUUAUAUUCAAAGCACACUUUUCACACACUUGACAUCGAAAGAAAACAAAAGCUCACCUCUGACAAGCACUUGACAAACAGGGAAUUCCAGCUUCUGUUCAUAUUCAUGUUCAUAUUCAUUCUCUUCUGCAUUCAUCAAGUCUAAUCAGCGAGACUCAUUUCUAUUUUCUACCCAUAGAUGCAUUGUGACUGAUCGUACCCGCUGAGGGCCAAGCCGACAUUUUUUCAGUAUAAUGGUACUUGGGCUAAGAUCAAAGAGUCGAAAAAGUGUUUCAUUUCAGGUUGAUUACCUUAUCCAUGUACAGGAGGUCAAGCCAUGGCCCCAAUCACAGUCUUUGAAAUCUGCUCAGUCUGUGGUGGUUCAGUGGGAAAAUGGUGAUAGGAAUUCUGGGUCCUUUUCUUGUGGUGUUGGGGAUGGAAGGAUUGGAAUGGGCGAGUCUUUCAGGCUUCCGGUUACUUUAUAUAGGGAAGCAUCCAAAAAGGCCACAACCCGUGAGAGUUUUCUGAAGAACAGCUUAGAGUUUUACCUGUACGAGCCUCGGAAAGACAGGGCAGUGAAAGCUCAACUCUUGGGGUCGGCUGUGGUAAAUCUUGCAGAUUAUGGAGUCAUCAAGGAAACCAUAACCAUAAGUGCUCAAGUGAACUGCAAACGGAGUUUUAAGAGCUCGGUGCAACCAGUUCUUUAUGUUAACAUUCAACCUCUUGAUAGAGAUAGUUCCGGCUCAUCACCAAAGGGCAGCUUGUCAAAGGAAGUUUCACUGGACAAAAGCGAAUCGUUUUCAGGAUUGGCAAGUGAAGGGAAUGAUGAGGAAGCUGAGAUUGCAUCGUUUACUGAUGAUGACGACUACAAUGAUGAAGAUUUGUCGUCACAUUCAUUGCAAACAAUUGCAUCUUCUGCUUUUGAGACUACAGGGUGUUCACCACCUCAAAGAGAGCAGAACAAAUCAACAUCAGUAAAUGAUAACACAGAAAGUGCUAAUGUUGGCAUUUUGGAAAACAAAGAGAAAAAGGAGCUGCAACAAAAUGGACAGGAAGAACAGACCUUAGAGGUGACAAAACAUCAUGUAGAAGAAGACAAACUAGUUGGCAACUUAUCUGAGGAUGCUGCCUGUAAGCAAGUCAAAUUAAGGAAUGAUACUCUUUCAUUCAGCAGGAAUUCACUUGGACUUCAGGAAAGUGUUUCUAAAACUAAUAAACUAAAUCAUGUGAAGUCUGUUCAGUUCCCUUUCAACUCUGCCAAUAGCAGUGAGAUGUUAAGCACCAGUCAGCUCAUGGGACAGGGAAACAAUAUUAAUGUUCCAGAAGCAGGUAGUGCCCUGAGUCAUUCAACUACUGAAAGUAAAGCAACAAUAAAUGGCUUAUACGAUGGGAAAGUCGAAUUAGAAUCUAAAAUUGAAAUGCUUGAGGAAAAGUUGCAGAAAGCUGCUGCUGUCGAGGUUGCCCUUUAUUCAGUUGUUACUGAAAGUAAAGCAACAAUAAAUGGCUUUUCUGAUGGCAAAGUCGAAUUAGAAUCUAAAAUUGAAAUGCUUGAGGAAGAGUUGCGGGAAGCUGCUGCUGUCGAGGCUGCCCUUUAUUCAGUGGUUGCUGAACAUGGGAGUUCUGCCAACAAGGUCCAUGCUCCGGCUCGGCGUCUUUCUAGGUUCUAUCUUCAUGCUUGUAAAGCGAGGUCCCCGGCUAAUAGGGCAAGUGCUGCUAGAACUGCUGUUUCAGGAUUAGUUUUGGUUGCUAAAGCAUGUGGAAAUGAUGUUCCGAGGUUGACUUUCUGGUUGUCAAACUCAAUUUUGUUGAGGGCAAUCAUCAGCCAAGCUGUUGAGAAAUUGCAACUAUCUGCUGGACCAAACAUUGAUAGUAGUGGUGGUGGGAAUGGGUUGGGUGAGAUUUCUUCCCUGAAGUGGCACGAGUCAUCUCUUCAUGGGGAACAGAAAAAUAAUACAGUGCAAUAUUUUGAUGACUGGGAGGACCCACAAACAUAUAUAGUUGCAUUGGAAAAUAUUGAGGCUUGGAUUUUCAACCGAAUCAUUGAGUCUGUGUGGUGGCAGACUCUGACUCCACAUAUGCAGCCUGCUGCUGCUAAGAGCUCAGGCUCAAGGAAAACCCAUGGAAGGAGAUAUGGUUUAGGUGAUCAGGAGCAAGGGAACUUCUCCAUAGAUCUUUGGAAAAAAGCUUUCAAGGAUGCUUGUGAAAGGCUUUGUCCUCUUCGAGCUGGAGGGCAUGAGUGUGGCUGCUUGCCUUUGCUGGCAAAAUUGGUAAUGGAGCAGUUGGUAUGCAGACUAGAUGUGGCAAUGUUCAAUGCUAUUCUUCGUGAAUCAGCUGAAGAGAUGCCGACAGAUCCUGUUUCUGAUCCCAUUAGUGAUUCUAAGGUUCUUCCCAUUCCUGCUGGGAAAUCAAGCUUUGGGUCUGGUGUGCAGCUAAAAAAUGCUAUAGGGAACUGGUCAAGAUGGCUUACAGAUUUAUUUGGCAUUGAUGAUAGCGAUGCUUGUGAAGAUGAGAAUAAACUUGAUGGUGACAAGAAACUGGAAUGUGAGACAUCCUUCAAGGCUUUCCAUCUCCUUAAUGCAUUGAGUGAUCUCAUGAUGCUUCCUUUUGAAAUGCUUGGGGAUAGGUCCACAAGAAAAGAGGUAUGCCCCAAAUUUGGUGCAUCAUUGAUCAAGAGGGUUCUUAACAAUUUUGUCCCCGAUGAGUUUUGCCCAGAUCCAAUUCCAGGGGCUAUUUUUGAGGCCCUGGAUUCUGAGGACCUUCUUGAGGUUGAGGAAGAUACUAUCACAAGCUUUCCAUGCACUGCUGCUCCAACAGUUUAUCAACCACCUCCAGCAGCUUCACUAACAGGCAUCAUAGGAGAGGUUGGAAGUCAAUCUAUGAUGAGCGGGUCGUCAGUGCUUCGAAAAGCAUACACCAGUGACGAUGAGCUUGAUGAGUUGGAUUCACCUAUAACUUCCAUUGUCAUAGACAACUUCCGGGUUUCUCCUACUUCAGCGAGACCCAACUUGAUGCUGAAGAAAGGCAGUGGUCGAAAGGUUGUCAGGUAUCAACUUUUGCGGGAAGUAUGGAGAGAUGGUUAAUAGUCUUGUUUCUUUCAUAUAAUACUUCUCUCACCAAUGUAUGUAUGUAUGAAUGUAUGUAUAUGUAUAUGUAUAUUGAGAUCUAGUUUAUCUUGAUCCCUUGAGAAUUACAGAGUACCAUAACUCUGUUUCACCA